AUAAAGGAUAAAUGGAGAACAAGCUUGGAUUUAGAGAUAAAAACUCUCCUAUAGUUAAGUUUGCUAAAAGCUUCACCAGCGGAUUUAUCUCAGGUGGCCUAGCCAAGUACAUUGGACACCCACUCGAUACUAUUAAGGUUCGAAUCCAGGUGACUGGUGACCAGAUGGCUCUUCAUAGACAUUUAACAAGAAUUUUCUACAAAGAAGGUGUCAGAGGAUUUUAUAAAGGUGCAAUUUCUCCAAUUGUAGGAACAGCCCCUGUAACUGCAUCUCUGUUUGCAGUGAAUGAUUUUUCAAAAAGAAUGCUAAAGAACACCUCAUUACCUAAAAUAUUGAGGGAAUCAUUGCCUGGUUGAAUUGCUGGGUUUACAACUUUAUUUUUCAUCGUUCCUACUGACUUACUUAAAAUCAAAAAGCAAGGGAUGAAGCAUCGGACUAUUACCUACUCAGAACUUAUCUCAGACAUUGUCAAACAAAAUGGUGUGCAAGGUCUUUAUCGGGGAUUUUGGAUUACGUUUGCCAGAAUAGUUCCUCAAUACGGAAUUACAUUUUACUCGUAUGACAAAUUUGGACAAUUCUUCAGUUCGAUAGAUAAGAGAAAAGAAGCAUCUCCUAUAUCUUACUAUGCACAGAAGGUUGCUGCUGGAGGAUUAGCUGGGCAGUUAUGUUGACUCAUUGGCUACCCGGUAGAUUCAGUUAGAACUUAUAUCCAAUACCAUCCUGAAAAGCGUUCGAUUUUGAAUACUACCAUUCAUUUAUACAAAAAAUACGGCAUUAAAUACUUCCAUAGAGGAUGCUCUGUUGCCAUGACAAGGUCAAUAUUAGUAUGAGCCAUCUCAUUUGGAGUCUAUGAAUUUAUCAACACCAAUCUCCAGAAGAUCUAGUUUAGUCAGAAACACACUUAAUUGUUGAUAAUAUCU